AGAGAGAGAGAGAGAGAGAGAGAGAGAGAGAGAGGACGAACAUGGAAGCACAGGAAGGGAAGCAGCAGCCACAAUUGGUUCUAGCGAAUAAGCUUUUCCUUCUGAGGCACCCAGACGUGCCGGAUAUUGAGAAGGUCAGGCUGAAGGAGGAGGUCUUGACAUUUGUUAAAGCCGACGACAUGGCUCUACUUUACGAAACCCUAGCGACCGAAAACGUCUUGGAGGUGGAUCGGACUAUUCUAGAUUCAAUGCGUUCGAAAAUCGACGAAGAGCUCAAGAAGCUUGAUGAGAAAAUUGCAGAUGCUGAAGAGAACCUCGGUGAAAGUGAAGUCCGAGAAGCCCAUCUUGCGAAAUCAUUGUUCUAUAUUCGAAUCAGUGACAAGGAAAAAGCACUGGAGCAACUAAAGGUCACUGAAAGCAAGACAGUGGCCAUUGGCCAAAAGAUGGACUUGGUUUUUUAUACACUUCAGCUUGGGUUUUUCUACAUGGACUUUGAUCUCAUAGCCAAAAGCUUAGAUAAGGCGAAGAACUUGUUUGAGGAAGGUGGUGAUUGGGAGAGGAAAAACCGUUUAAAGGUCUACGAAGGCUUGUACUGCAUGUCCACAAGAAACUUCAAGAAAGCUGCUUCCUUGUUCCUGGAUUCAAUAUCGACAUUCACGACUUAUGAGAUUUUUCCUUAUGAUACCUUCAUAUUCUAUACUGUCCUUACAAGCAUCAUUUCUUUGGACAGAGUUUCUCUGAAGCAAAAGGUGGUGGAUGCACCUGAGAUCCUAACAGUUAUAGGGAAAAUUCCUCAUCUGUCUGAGUUUAUGAACUCUUUACAUGGAUGCCAAUACAAAUCUUUCUUCUCAGCAUUUGCUGGCUUGACCGAGCAAAUUAAAUUGGAUCGUUAUUUACAUCCCCAUUUCCGGUAUUACAUGAGGGAGAUCCGAACUGUGGUUUAUUCACAGUUUUUGGAAUCUUAUAAAAGUGUUACCAUGGAAGCAAUGGCUACUGCUUUUGGAGUUACAGUGGACUUUAUUGAUAUGGAAUUGUCUCGUUUCAUAGCCGCCGGGAAACUUCAUUGCAAGAUUGAUAAAGUCGCUGGUGUGCUAGAAACAAACAGGCCAGAUGCAAAGAAUGCGUUGUACCAAGCAACUAUCAAGCAAGGGGACUUUUUAUUGAAUAGGAUCCAGAAGCUAUCUCGUGUCAUAGAUUUGUGAGAUGAGAUGAACUUUAUCUGCCUUUAAGAGAAGCUGGCAUCUGUAAUUUUUUC